AUCUUUAAAGAAGUGACAUGACAUCUGAGGAAUUCAGAAGUUGAGAGGCUAAUGUCUGGUCUUCAAUGACUAUUCCUGCCUGCUUCCCAACUGUGAACCCUAUUCCUUAUGUAGUACACUACUUCUGAUUGGGGUCCCUAGGGAGUAGUGUCCCUGGUCGUGUGCAGCUCUGAUCGGUAGUUGGGUGUUAAACAGGGGCUUGUGUGUUUGUAAAUCAUGUAUUUCUGGAGGUUUCGGUGACAUAUUAAAAUCAGAGGUCAGUGUUCAGCCAAUCUGAAGCCUGAGGUGACCAACUUGGUGCCCCCAGGAUGGAGUUUGAGGAAGAUGGUGUUAUAUUAACACCAGUAACAUACUUCAAUGUGUCCCUAAUGUCUCCCAAAGACCCAGAACUUCACAUGUUCCAACAGUUCAGACUCAACCAACACCUCUGUUCUGUCAGGAACUAAUCACCAUGGUGAUGUUGACCAUUCUGUUUCUAUGGUCAGCCUGUGUUCUGGGCCAUGUCUCUACAGCUCAUGUCUCCUGUCAACAUGGCUGGAAGGCCCAUCAGUCAAUCUGCUUCCAGUAUUUCAGUGCUCCAAUGAACUGGUCCGAAGCCCUGGACAACUGUUUAAAGCUUGGGGGAAACCUGGCCUCCAUCCACAGCCUGGCAGAGGAGCGCUUCCUGUUAUCCAUGAUAAGGAGUCACACUGGCAGUGACCUUGGCAUCACCUGGAUCGGGCGUCAUGAUGUUGGCUUGUUUUCCGAGAUGGAAUUCCAGUGGACUGACAUGUCAACAUCUGACUUCAGACCUGAAGUUCGACGUGAGUCCAUGAUGUCAGUGUACGGCCUUACCCUAGAAGAACCAGCUGGUGGUUCUCCACAAUGGUUCCCAGAGGCCAGCCAUCGACACCAUCCAUCGCUCUGCCAAAACAGACCAGAACAUAGUUCUACAAGAGAUCACACGUCCCUGUUACACUGCCUUAUUGGAAUAAUUUAACAUGUAAUAUCAGAUGGUCUUAUAUUGGUUGAACAGAUUUAAAUACUUUCAGAUUUAAAAUGGGCUUGAGGACCACACUAUUCCCAUAGAGUACCACUGUCCAUCUGGUGGUAGAAAUACAAAGUUCAUAGUGUUCUUGGUCACAAACCUCUCCCUAUGUGUUAUGGAAGACAAUGUACUACAUUUAACACACAUUUGUAUUUUCAUUGUGUGCAUUUUUACCUCAGAACUCAUUGCUACUAUCCUCUCAAGGGAGUUGCUUGUUCAUGAUGGCUUUGAGUUAACUCUAUAUAUUCUAGA